AUGCAUCAAACCUACCAGCCAAUUUUACCAUGUGGCAACAAAUAUCUUCAGCAAAAAUGGAACAAAGCAAAGUAUGAAGAGCACAGGAAAAGGGUUCAGGCAGCAAAACCAGUGGUGGACACAAGUGCCCCUGCAUCAUAUGGCCUCCUCCUAAAGCUGAAGUUAGGGAAGCUGAAGUUGAAGGAAGACCAAUUUUCUAUCAUUGAAAACGAAAACCGUUUGCUGCUGGAGAAGAUUGCCGCCAUCAGGAGAACAAAGGGACAAGUCGACAACAAAAAUUACUAUAAGGCCAAAAGUUCAAAUGGAAAAAAACAAAAGCGGGAGCUGCAGAGAGGGAACCAGGAGAAACGCACCACUCUGGAUAGGAUUACAAAGUCCCAACCUCAGUAUCAAGUUCAGCCAUGGCACGAGGAUUGGCAAUGAGCUGAAAAAUCCACAGCCAAUGCUGCGAGAGAUCCUUGUGGGCAGUGUAAAUCACAGAGACGAAUG